AUCGUUGGGUACUAGUUUUAUUUCUCCUACUGUGAACGGAAGCUCAAAGUGCUCGUGCUAUACAUUGACGCAACAGGUGCAUCUGGUUAAAAUGGGUUUAUAUCUCCAACACACCGUAGUGUUGUGUUUCUCACUUCUGUGGAUGCCACUACCUUCAACUAGUAUACCAUGUACAAUCGAGGUCAUGCAAGAUAUGAUGAGUCGGUUGUUGAAAACGGAACAAACCGAGUCUGGAUGUGAGGGAGUAUGGCAUAGUCUGCAAGCUCACCUGCAACAAACGCACCAGAAUCUGACCGAAUGUUAUCAGCGUGAAGACUCUUUCAAAGGUCUUGAAACACCUCACAGUACCUGCCAACCGCUGUUAGACGAGAUGGAAAAACAAGCGUCAAAAAAACUUGAGAUGAUUAACGCCGACAUGCAGCGGAAGCUACUGUACGAGCAAGUCGAAAUCGCUAAGACAAGGAAGGAAAUAGGCAAACUCCAAAAACAGCUAACCUCCAUCCAGGACGAAUUUAAAGGAUUUUACCAACGUCUGCUUCUACUCCACAUUCAUGCGGGCGAUAGACGGCGUGCACUGCACUACUAUCACGUUUUGGUAUCUUUGAAAGAACCGAACCUGCUCCAAACUAUCGUAAAGUUCGUCUAUACUUCGGUCAGACAUGAAAACCAUCGGCUCGAGAAUUUGCUAGCACUGGUGAAGUAUCUACCAACCAAACAUGAACAGAUGACACUGUACAGGUUGAUCCAACCGGAAAUCAUGAACCGUACGACGCAGCAUUUUAGCUUCCUUGCCAUAAUAGCAUCGCUCGAUAUGAACAAGUUUGUGAAGGAAAAGGAAGAAACCGAAUACAAAAAGCUACGAGACGCCUUGUUUAACCUGGUCAUGAAGCGAUGGCAGUUCCAAAUGUUGGGCGGAAACUAUCAAGACAUUGUAGCCUUUGCUAAGAAAUAUCCAGGCUAUUUCCAAAAGAUAGGCGAACAGGUAGCAUUAAUAUAUCCGAAAUAUUGGUUUCAAUUCAGCUACAGCCAGUACGUAACGUAUCCAAAUUUGCUACCGUUGCCCAAACAACGGCUGCAAGCGUUCCGAGUUAUAAUGCGGCAAAUCAAGCAGAGAAACAAAACGCACUUCUCCUACUACCUUGCGAAGUUGGCCAAACAGGUCGAUAUAUGCGAGAAGUACAUAAAGCAACACUACGAUGAGCUGAAAACCAAGGAUCAAUUGAUCAAGCUGAAGCAACAGUUUUCAGAUUUCGAUAAAACCAACGGGUAUGAGUACUAUCUUAAGAAUGUGGAUAAGCUGACCAAGACUAAACCUCCAAUUCCGGCCAACGCCCUCAGACCUAAAGCCAGAGAUGGUCGUACAGGACGUCGUUAACGGCAUUGAUAUCUGUGCGGA